ACCAAAAGCAACCAGCUCACCUUCUACCUUAAAAAGUUGGGAACUUUUAAAGAAAAAAAUAAAUAAAUAAAUAAAGAAGAAGCUCACCUUAGUUUCUUAGUGAUUUGCUCUGCCUCAGUUUUCACAUUCCUCAUUCCUCAUUCCUCAUUCCUCAUUCUUCUGUGUUUUUAUUUUUUCUCUUAUUGUUGUUCUAGUUCUUCUUGGUGGUUUUCUUGGUUUUAUUACCACUGAUCUCUACCGCUCGUAUAGACAUGUCUUACGUUAACCCCGACGGUAAAGAAGUUGAUCCAGACGACGAACCAUUCAUGGAGGUUGACCCAACGGGUCGAUUCGGGAGGUACAAAGAGAAGCUUGGUUCAGGAGCCGUGAAGAAAGUUUUCAGAGCUUUUGACAUGAAAGAUGGUAAAGAAGUUGCCUGGAACCAGGUUUGUUUGAAAAGGUUCAUAGAGUACGACAAGCCCAUGAUAACAAGGUUGUAUACGGAGGCAAAGCUUCUGGGGUCUUUGAAAAACGAUAACAUUCUCACUUCCUUUGCUUCUUGGACGGACAAAGAACACCAAACCCUCAACUUCAUCACUGAAGUUUGCUCUUCUGGGAAUCUCAGAGACUACAGGAAGAAGCACCACUAUAUCUCUUUGAAGGCCAUGAAGAAGUGGUCAAGACAAAUACUUAAGGGUUUGGAUUUCCUCCAUUCUCAACAGCCCUGCAUUAUCCAUAGAGACCUCAACUGCAGCAACGUUUUCAUCAAUGGCCACUUGGGUGAGGUCAAGAUUGGCGACUUGGGUUUAGCAGCUUUGGUGGGGAAGAGCCAUCUUGCGCAUUCAAUUCUCGGGACACCAGAGUUUAUGGCUCCAGAGCUUUAUGAUGAGGAGUAUACAGAGAAAGUUGAUAUAUACUCGUUUGGUAUGUGUGUUUUGGAGUUGGUCACUAGGGAAAUACCUUACAGCGAGUGUGAUAGUGUGGCUAAGAUAUACAAGAAGGUAUCUUCUGGGGUGAAGCCUCUAGCUUUGAGCAAGAUUAGGGAUAAGGAGGUUAAAGGAUUCGUCGAGAAGUGCCUUGCUCAUGAACCAGAUCAGAGACCUUCUGCUUCUCAACUCCUUGAAGAUUCCUUCUUUGAGGGACUUGAUGAUGAUGAUGAUGGUGAUGAUGACCAAGAUUUCUAUGAUUUUGAUUCAGAUUUUGCUAGCUUGUUGCACUAGUUAUGCAGUUACCUAAAUGAAAGAUUCAGUUUUUGUUUUGGUCUUGUAAAUUUAUCGACCAUAUAUGUAUAACUGGUUUCCAUUCAUUAUUAUAUAUGUUUAGAUCUUACUUUUCUGUUUGUUUUUCUCUCAAAUUCUAGAUAACUUAUUCUUUUCCCUGCCUAAUGAAAAUAAUAAAAAAAUAUAUAUACAUCUAUAGAUCCAAGAAUCAAAUUGUUCAUUUGGAGAUGGGAAGGUCAUGAAUUACUACAAAAUUUAAGCAUGAAAAAAUAAAAACACAAGAAAAUACCAAUUGUAACAGAGAUUGGAAGAGGUAGAGAAUAAACAAGUAUAGGUCACAAGUUGUUAGAUUAAAGGAGGGAACAAUAUAAUAGCCGAACACAAGUGACCCCACUACAGAAAGGGAAACUUCUCCAAAAGCUUAAAAAUAAAAAACCCCUCCUCAAGGAAAGCAGAUUACUCCACUCUUCCAAUGCCGUUAAAAAAUCUUGCCCAUUUACCUAAAUUAUACCAAAAACUUAAAGAUUUGCUUUCCUUAACGACAAAAGCCGUGAUUCAAAUACUCAAAUCCAAAUUGUUUCCAUCUUCGCCCCAGAGA